CCCAGGGUACCCUCAUACUGGUUUUUCAUUUACAUUUUCCAUGUACCUUGGAUUGUUUUGACCUACAUUUUUCAGUGGCUAAUGAUUGAAAGUCAUAAUUGUCAUAUGGAAUGAGUAAGGGUGGGAGCACCAGAUCUGCCUUUAUGGAGUUAAUGAUCCUGGAUGGAAAUUGUUUUUCCAGGAUGCACAACUUCAGCUGAUGACAUCAUUCCUGUGGCUAAAUGUGGUAUGAUAGACUCAGUUUCUCCUUCAUUUAUGGUGCCUUCCCUUUUCCACUCCUGAGUCCAAUUUUGCAGAUUACAUUGGAUAAAGCUGAGAAUACCCACAAAUUAGAGAAGUUCAAACAGAGUCAGGCCAACAUUGAGAACACAAUAAUUCCUGAAUAUGCUACUAGCUUAGGGGGGCAGAGAUGGAAUAGCAAGAAGGUGAAUAAACCAAGGUCAUGGAAGCCAAUACUCAAAUGGCUCCUUUCCAAAGAAUUCAAAGCCAAGUUCAAGGUCUCCCUUGAGAACACUGAGAGAGAAGUGGAGGCAGGUAAGAUCUUGUUAGUGAUAUUGUGACAGUUGUCCCUAGAGAGGGAGUGGAAGAAUGAAGAAAUGAGUGAAAAAAGGGGAAAAAAUUAGGGAAGUGCAAGAAACAGAGCAAGACCAAAACUAGUUCCCUCCUUCCGUCUGUUUCUUCCAUGCCAUGGUCUCCUCUAGAUCUGGUACAACCCAUUCAUCAGAUGGAACCCAGAGGAAUGUGGGGGCAUCGGGAAGCUCAGCAUGACAACUGAGAACCUAUGGAUUCCAGAUAUCUACAUCCAAGAGUUGUGAGUAUCAGGGCUCAAAAAAGCAAGAAGCAAACCCCAUCAGGGAAGGGCAUGAUGAAACCAACAGAGGCCACACAAAGACUCAGAAAAGAGCAAGGUCUGACUUAACUAGCUUAGAAAACUCCUAGAAUACGAUGAUAGGUGGACAGGGCAAGUCAAGUAGAGCUAAAGCACAGGAGUGCAGUGACCUGAGAAGGAAGGCCAAGUCUGAUGGGAAACCCACAGGACCCACCUCCCUUUCCUUCUCACAUACAGCAUGGAUGUGGAUCAGACACCUACAAGUCUCAUGGCUUAUGUCAACAGUGAAGGUCGCAUCAGCUAUGAUAAACCAAUGCAGGUGGUCAGCAUCUGUAACCUGGACAUCUUCUAUUUCCCCUUUGACCAACAGAACUGCACGCUUACCUUUGGUUCUUUCAUCUACACGGGUGGCCAUCAGGCGCAGGCCCAGCCUUUAUGUGAUAAACCUUCUGCUGCCCAGUGGCUUUCUGGUUGCCAUUGAUGCCCUCAGCUUCUACCUGCCCGCAGAGAGUGGGAAUCGUGCCCCAUUCAAGAUGACACUUCUGCUGGGCUACAAUGUCUUCCUGCUCAUGAUGAAUGACUUACUCCCUGUCAAUGGAACCCCCUCAUCAGUACGGCCCCUCCCUCCAUCAGGAGAACAAAAGCAAGGUGUCUUCUUUGCCCUGUGUCUGUCCCUGAUGGUGGUUAGCCUGUUAGAGACUGUCUUCAUCACCUACCUGCUGCACCUAGCCACCACCGAGCCCCCACCCAUGCCUCUGUGGCUCUACUCCCUUCUGCUGCACUACACCAGCCCCAGGAAGUGCUGCCCCACUGCACCCCAGAAGGGAAAUAAGGGCCUGGAUCUCACCCCCUCCCAUCUGCCUGACCUGAAGGAGCCAGAGGUGUUGGCAAGGAAGAUGCCCAGCCCUGGAGAAACAGAGUUAAAUGGGUGCCCUGAAUCAGCAAGGGCCCCGCAGGAAGCCGAGGCCCAGAAGAAGCACCUGGUUGACCUGUGGGUGCAGUUCAGCCACAUGAUGGACUCCCUGCUCUUCGGCCUCUACCUGCUCUUCAUGGCCUCCUCCAUCAUCACUGUCAUCAUCCUCUGGAACACCUAGGCAGAUGCCGACCUGCAAACCACCUGGAGCUUCUCCUGACCUCCAGGGACCACCCAGGUUCUCACACCUGUCUAAAUCUCAGUCUCAGGGCCCUAGCAACAAUCUACUUUUUAACCCAGACCCUUUGUGCAGUUUCAGAGCAGACCUAGAUAUUUUCAUAGGCCCUUCAAAGGUUAGGAUCUUACUCCUGCAUUC